AUGACGCUCUACUACAGUCUGGUUUUCGUCCUUUUGGUGGUCGAGAUGGCGCUGUUCAUAGCACUGAUCGUACCACUGCCUUUCACCGUCAAGCGCAAGAUGUUCAAUUUCAUAUCGGAAAGUCCACUCGUCGCCAAAUUACAGUAUGGGAUGAAGAUCACCUUCAUAUUCAUCCUCAUUCUCUUCCUUGAUAGCGUCAACCGCGUCUACCGAGUCCAGGUGGAGAUGUCAGCUCUUCUGAAAGACAAUACUGGAGCGGGACGAGCAGCAGCAAUUGGCUCCGACCGCAUGGAAGUCCAGGCACGCAAGUUCUACUCUCAACGCAACAUGUACCUUACCGGCUUCACACUUUUCCUGUCUCUGAUCCUCAACCGAACCUACGGAAUGAUCCUCGAUGUUCUCCGUCUCGAAGAAAAGGUCAAGAUGUACGAAGGAGACCCACAAGCCGGCGGCAAGGAAGGCGAAAAACUGGGCAAACACUACCGUGCCGACCAGAUUGGAGAGCUCAAGAAGCAACUUGACAAGAAAGACAAGGAGUUGGCAGCGAUGAAGAGCCAGGCUGAGGGGUUGCAGAGAGAGUAUGACGAGUUGAGCGUCAAAUACAACCAGCUGAACCCCAACACCGGCGAUAAGAAGAGCAACUAG